AACCACAAGUCGCAAGCAGUACAUUUAGUUUCAAAAGCUGAACAAGUCGAUUGUUUCCAACAACCCCAUACGAACUCCACAAUUUAAAUAAAAAUGAAAAUCUUCUGUUUGGUAAUAACUUUUCUAUUCCUUGUGGGUAUUUUCGCAAAUGAUUAUGCGAAAUAUAAUGAUCUGGUGGGCCUCACAACUGCAGGCAUCCGUUAUACUUAUUUUCAGCCAAUGUCUGUAGAAGGUAGACCUGGAGCAAAUGCAACAGUAUCUAAGUUGGAGUAUCUAAUUGAGAAAAUGGUUGAUGAUGUCAAUAAUAACUAUAAAUACCAAGAAUUCCGUAAAAUUUGUUUUUUGUUGGCUGUACCGAACGAAAUAGAAAUUCUCUUGGAAGUAGACGAACCUCCACCUCGCCCAAUUGAAAAAGCCAAUCAAUUCUUAGACAUAAUGCUUCAACAAUUAGAGGCACUAUUAGCCGGGGCAACACGUGAAGACGUUAAAAAUAUAAGAAGAGCAUAUGUUGUUUGGUCUUUAAGAAGUGCAAUCACACGUCGUAUAUUAGGUGCACCUGAUGACGCCCCUAUAUUACCUAAGUGUCGUUUGCUAGCAUUGUACUUGAGUACACAAUCUCCAUUAGCAUACAUAGAAGAAGUUAACAUUGACCCAACUGGCCAUACAUGUAUCUUCAAGGAUAGACAUCAUUUCGAAAAGAGAUACAGUAAAAUCGGUGGCUCGUGGUCAGAAGUAGACGGAAAUGGCCAAUUCCGAGAAACACUCGAGACACAAUUACAACGUAUACAACCACAAGUUCCACCCACAUCCUAACCUAAUGUCAAAAAAACAGUGGCCUCCGUAUUCUGUUCUUUACAUAAUAUAUUAUAGUUUAUCUUAUUAUUAUCACUAUAUACACUAUAAAAUCAGAAUUUUUAAAAUAUUAUACAUAUAUUUAAGCUGACGGGAAAACAACCGUCUUUGGAUUUUUUCAAUAACAUAUUUCAUAUAAUACAUUUUUUU